AUGCAGGAACAGGUUUCAGGAAUUGGGCCCACAGAAAAUGGCCCCGCAGUUUCCCAGGUGAAUGGGAUAUUCGAUGCAGAGGAAGCCUUCGAGGAUGCUCUUCCCCACUCCGAAGUGCCAUUCAGCGCUGCAGGAGUUCCUUCCUCUUUAGCUGUUUCCCAUGGGCCCCCUCCCGAGCCCUCGGGUGACAGCACAGGUGUUUCUCCUGCUAUUGCUACCCGCUCAGCAGUAGCAGCGCCAACUGAUGCAGAGGUUGCAGCUGAUCCAUGUACCUCUUCGGGCUGUAAGGGCUCCUUUAGGUUUCUGAAUUCUAAACUGAGAGGCGAGGAGGAGGGCGUACCCGUAGGCCCCCCUGGAGGGGCCACAGCAGAAAACGGAAAUAUCUUUGGCAUUACGCCCGAACAGCUCACAGCGAAAGCAGGUGCUGCCUCCGCUUGGGUUGCUCUAAUCAUGUUUUUGCUUGUAGUGUUUUUAGCUGGUGUUGCCAACGAUUCUGCUGCUCAGCUUUCCUUGCGUGUCGAUUUGUGGAUUGUGCCCUUUCUUCUUAUUGCUGCAGAGUUGGUAACUCUGUACGUCUCACGAACUCAGUACGAAGAGCUAGUAGCCUUGCAGGAGUUGGGAGGAGUCGCUGGUCUGGCGCGGGCCCUGCGGACGGACCUGCGCAUGGGCCUCCCCUCCACUGGCGCUACUCACCACGCAGUUAACCAUGGGAAAACUGCGAAGAAAAUGCAUGGCGAGGGCUUACUCGUUGCUUCAGUCGGAGAGUCUAUCGGUCUGGAGGAGGGAGCCGACUUGAGCCAAGCCGAUGCGGCGGUUUUGGCCGAAAGGAAAAGGGACUUUGGAGAGAACGUACUGCCGCAUAGGCCCCCAACUCCCUUUUGGCGGCACUGUUGGGACGCCGCGUCCGAUUUUACUCUACGGGUGUUGAUGGUUGCGGGGUUCGUCAUGAUCGUCCUCGGCGUCACAAUGGGGGAGCAUCCCGAGGUAGAGUGGGUCGAGGGCUUUGCCAUUUGGGUUGCGGUGAUGGUGGUAGUUUCCGUGACGGCUCUGAACGACUGGGGCAAGGAGAAGCAGUUUAGAAAGCUUUCUAAGCUUCGGGAAGAAAAGCGUUGUCGCGUGGUGCGAGGCGGUGAAGAGGUCGAGGUUUCCGUCUUUUGCUUGUUGGUCGGAGACUUGCUGCGUCUAGAAGUAGGGGAUGAAGUUCCUGCAGAUGCCUUGGUGGUUCAGUGUGUGGAGCUGAAGGCAGACGAAAGUGCCAUGACGGGAGAGAGCGAGUCAAUCACCAAGCAGGCGGAAGCCGAGUGCUGGAAGCAGCACCACCUCGUUGCUUCACCCCUUCUUGUGGCCGGCAGCACCAUUGUCGCUGGCAGCUGCUCAGCCUUAGUCAUUGCCGUAGGGAAACGCAGUCAGCAAGGGCAACUCUUCCAAACCCUAACUAUUGUGGAUGCUCAGCCAACACCCCUACAAAAUAAAUUGAAUGCCCUUGCCAGGGAUAUUGGAAGGCUGGGCUUCUUGGCAGCCUGCGUCACCUUCUUCGUCCUUCUCAUCCAAUUUUGGAUAAUGUUUGGAUUGACUCCUGAAGGGGAGAGACCCACAACGGCGAACACGGGGAAGGAGCACCUCGAGUUUCUGGUUGUCGCCAUUACCAUCGUUGUUGUUGCCGUGCCAGAAGGGCUGCCCCUUGCAGUUACCAUUUCGCUCGCGUACUCUGUCGGAAGAAUGCUGAAAGACAAAAACUAUGUGCGCCGCCUGGCGGCAUGCGAGACAAUGGGUGGAGCUAACGAAAUUUGCAGUGACAAGACCGGAACGCUCACGAAAAACAAGAUGGAGGUACAAGCCGUCUGGAGGGGGGGAGGCCCUGCAGUUUCCUCAGGAUACGCUGGCUUUCCUGGACCGUUCGACAGCCUCACUGCUCUGGGGAGCACCCCCUCUCUAGGAGGGUCUCACAACGAGCCUUUGAAAGCGACGUUAGAGGCAGUGCGAUGGAGGGACAGUGUUUUGACUGCUACCGCCAGUAGAGGCGACACAGCGUGGGAUGCCAUGAUCCAGCAAGCAGCAGUGCCUACCGAUGGAGGGCGUCCACGGUGUCUGCACUGCUGCACCAGCGAACUAGAAGCAGCCGCAAAUGCAACACUUGGCGCAGGUGACAACACCAAGAAGGCGAUGAGGGAUGUCCCCUUAGAGAAGGGCCUCACCCACAGAGAAUGGGCUCACCUGCUCUCCACGGCUAUCAUUUUAAACAGCACAGGAAGCCUUGCAGUUAGCACUGUAGAUGCCGCCCCUCAUGUAGGCAGCAAAAAGGGCCUUGUCGCACGCUGCUUCCGCCACACACCUUCUACAUCUAUUGCAGCAGAAACUACAUCGGAAUUUCCAGAUGCAGAAGUAGGAGGGAAGGGUCCAAAGCAUGUGGGCAGUCCUACAGAGUGCGCCUUGUUAGAGCUGGCGGCCGAAUUGGGCUAUGGUGCUGAAGACAUUAGGAAGCAGCAACUGCUUGUCUAUGGAGAUCCGAUAUUCAGGGCACCCUUCACCAGCGACCGCAAGAUAAUGACGACCAUCAUCUCGCUGCACCCACAGCAGCAGCAGCAGCAGCAGCACACCGUUCUUGUUGCGCCGCCGAGUGUUAGCGUGGAGUCGAAGGGAAAGAACAGAAGAGACAGCCGUAGCAGUCGUCGCAGCAGCAGCAGCAGCACGAACAGCCGACUUGGUAGCACCACCACUGCCAGUACUCGGCUUAGAGCACCUGCACGGGGACCAACAGAAGCAGAAGUGGAGAGCCUCUCGCUUCCCAAAACUGCCAAAGGAGAAGCCAGCACUUCUGAGGAGACAGAAAACGAGAUUCAAAUGUAUCGGGUGUACGUGAAGGGCGCAGCGGAGACAGUAUUGCGUCUCUGCUCGCAUUUUAUUGCCUCGCCUUUGCUGACUGGAAAACUAACACCGACAGCAUCGGCUAGCAGCAGCAGCAGCGAGCAGCUGCUGCCUCCCGAUCUCUGUGCUCUUCCCCUAACCUCCGAGACAGCUGCUACAGUGGAGCGAAAGGUGAUCGAUUUAAUGGCUGGCCAGGCACUGCGCACCAUUUGCAUUGCUUACAAAGACUUUGUGACCCCCAAGAGCGAUUCUCGGUGGAAAGAAAUGAGCUCGAAGCCGCCCUUUAAACACGUAGAAACAGGACUUACGUGUCUCGCGAUUCUCGGCAUCAGAGACCCCCUUCGGGAAGAGGUUCCUGCCGCAGUGAGGGCCUGCCAAGCGGCUGGUAUCCGCGUGCGAAUGGUUACGGGCGACAACUUAGAAACUGCCAAGCAGAUUGCCAUUAAGUGCAACAUCUUCCAUCCAGAAGAAGACGGGCUCGCCAUGACGGGUGCAGAAUUCACGCGCUUGGUCGGUGGCGUCGUGUGCAGCGUCUGCCUUACGCGCACUUGCGACUGCCCAACAAAUACCACGGGAGAACGAAGAGAAGGCCGAAAACUCAGGAAGGACGUUGUCAAAGACUUAGAGGCCUUCAGGCGUAUUGCACCACGAUUGGAGGUGCUUGGCCGCUCACAGCCACUGGAUAAGUUUGCACUCGUUGUGGGGUUGCAACAGCUUGGAGCGGUUGUUGCCGUUACUGGCGAUGGCGCCAACGACGCCCCUGCCCUCAAGACGGCAGAUGUGGGCUUUGCCAUGGGAAUUACCGGGAAGGAAGUGGCAAAGCAGGCGGCUGAUAUUGUCCUUUUGGACGAUAAUUUCGAGAGCUUGGUGUCAGCAGUAAAGUGGGGUCGUAGCAUCUAUACAAAUAUCCAGCGCUUCCUUGAAUUCCAGCUGACCGUCAACGUGGUCGCAGUGGCUACUGCGCUCGUAUGCGCCGUGACCCUGCGCGAGUCGCCCUUAAGCGCUGUGCAGAUGCUGUGGGUGAAUUUGAUAAUGGAUUCGUUUGCCUCGUUGGCGCUGGCCACAGAGCCACCGUCUGAUGAACUCCUGAGGAGAAAACCCCACACGAAACAAGAAUAUCUCGUCACUAAGGUAAUGUUUAGGAAUAUCAUAGGGCAGGCGCUCUAUCAGUUGGUGGUGAUGUUUACUCUGAUUUUCGCGGGCGAGAAGUUCAUCCCCGAAGAGACCUGGGCGCAUAUUUCAGACGAGACAAGACGACAGUUUCCAGACUUUUGUGAAUUUAGUGACUGCUGGACUGCGAAACCCCAUUUGAUGCGCUCUGGCCGGCGAUUUGUACCCUUCUCUUCUGUGGAGGAUUAUAAAGGCUCUUGGCGUGUCACUAUUGGCCCAAGCCGGCACUACACGGUGGUUUUCAACGCCUUCGUGCUCAUGCAGCUGGGAAACAUGUUCAACGCCCGUCGCUCGGGGUCCUCUUUGAAUCUCUGCAAGGGAGUUUUACGGUCCAAGAUGUUUCUGGGAAUCGCCCUUUUCAUCGCUGGUUUCCAGGCGUUCGUUGUUGAGCUCGGCGGACUCCCCAUGUCGUGCACCUUUGGGGGCAUAACAGGGGUGCAGUGGCUGAUCUGUGGGGCUUGUGGCUUGGGGUCGGUGGUGGUGGGAGCCCUCUUGCUGCUAGUGCCGUAUCGCCAUCUUCCGGAGACGGGUAAAAGAGAAGUCAAUCUUCUGCAAGAGAACAGAAGCAUUGCACUAGCCUCUAGAGGAAGGCUCUCCACCGACCGCCUGACCAACAGAAUAGGAUGCCGUCUCAUUGCCAAUGUUGCUGCCUUCGAAUUCUGCCUGGGCAAUUUCGCCGACGGCCGAGGCAGUGCCAGCCCAAGGGGAGCCCACAAGCCUCAUGGUCUAGGUUCAAGGACUCGGAGUAGGGCAAAAAGUCGUAGAUUUACGAUUUUGAAGGGCCCCCUCAUAGAUGCGACUAGCACCUCGUACACCACUUCACCUCACGUCGCGCGCGCUAAACAAGAGCCACACAGCCGAAUAGUCAAAUGCGUUAAAAUCUGCCUAAUAGGGGGGCUCAGCGGAGCGGCAGACACCCCUUAA